AUGGCGGUACAAGGUCCUCUCGCAAACAAGAUUGCAAUAAUCACAGGUUCAGGGAAAGAGAAUGGAAUUGGGGCUGCCAUCGCUCUCACCUUAGCUCGUGCCGGAGCCCGUGUCACGAUCAACCAUGUGUCCGACUCGUCUGCGGCAAGGGCUGUCGAGGCAGACGUUUCCACUGCUGAAGGGACCAAAAAGAUUGUCGAAGGCACUUUGAGUGGAUUCAAGGUCGACCACAUUGACAUUAUUGUAAACAAUGCUGCCAUAGCAACAUACUCGCCGACGCUUCAAACCCCUCCAGAAGACAUUUUCAGAGUGUUUGGAGUAGUAGUGGUCGGACCGGUCCUCCUUCUGCAAGCAGCAUACCCACAUAUGCCUCACGGGGGCCGUGUCAUCAACAUCGGAAGCGUCUCCUCUAAGAUGGGAUUUUACCAGUUGCCGAUUUAUGCCGCUGCUAAAGCAGCCAUGGAUCAGCUAACUUGGAGUCUAUCGCGGGAGAUUGGUCGUGACGGCAAAAACAUCACCAUCAACACUAUAGCACCAGGGCCAGUGGAUACAGAUUCGGUACCUGCUGGGGAUCCUCAGUCGCAAGCUAUGAAGAAGUGGCUUAUUUCUCUCACAAGAGCUGAAGAUAGAGUUGGAACAGUGAGUGACAUCGCCGAUGCGGUUCUACUUCUAGCAGACGAGAAGAGUCGUUGGAUUACAGGCCAGUACAUUUCCGCUAGCGGCGGCAUUGUGUAA